UUUUAUUACCUGACCUCUCCCGCGCGCCAGUCUCGAUUGACACCCCAACUGCGAUCCCUCGCCUUGCAGCUUACAGGGCUCCGCCCAGCUCAUACUUUAUCUAGAAAUUUCGCCCUUGCCAGUACAAAUAAACACCGCACCCCCUCGCUUUUAACUUCAGUCUAUCCGGCCGGUGCACUAGCUUAACCCUCAUUCCCCUCACUCUAUUAAGUGACACUAGUUGUCGCCGACUCCAACGCUACACAACAUCGCACCCCAUCAUGGCUAACCUGGCUGUCGUCAACCCGCUGCACGACUCUAGGUCGUCGCGCCCUCACACUCGCCGCAACUCGACACGUCGGAGCUUUGCGUCUUCUCUUUCUCGCUCAAGCUCUUACCUCGACUCGCCGAGGACCGCUUGUCCCCAGGACGGCGACGCCUUCGCCUACAACCCAGCUCACCUCAAGACAUGGGACUGCCCCCAGUCCACCUGGGACAGUCUCCCCAACUCCGUACAGAAAUGUCUCGCCGCGGUUCAGCAUGCUGGCGCGUCAGCCUUGACUGGCUUCGAACGUCUCCAUGAACACCGUGAGGUCUGCGAUGGUUCACGCACUGACUCGAAGACGCAAGAAGAAGAGAUCUUGGUCAACCUAGACGAACUCCGUAGGCAGAAGUUCCGGACUACCAGCAAUGCUAGCAGCAUCUUCAUGUCCGACGUUUCUUCGCCCACCUUCAGCGGGACACCAGCAUCAGACUCUGGCUCUGCCUCUCCCGUUCCCUCCACCUUCUCGCUCUCGCAGUCUGCGUCCAACCCAGCUCCUAUCUCUCUUGGACCGCCAGAGCUCGAGGCCAAGCGCACACCGACCCGCGAGCGCUCGUUCUCCACCCCUCUUGAGCCACAGGACGCCAAAUACGCCUCCGAACUGUCGUACUUGCGCACCGAAGCCCUACCCCGUCUUCGUCACGCCGGCCACAAGGUCGACACGGAGUGGUACGAGGCCAAGCGCACCGGCUCCGUUGCUGCCGAGGAUGCGCAAGUCUUCGAGAGCUGGUGGAGCGAGAUAAAGUGCACCAUCUUGAAGCUCAGUGAGCACGGCAAGCGUCUUGCGGAAGCCAACGGUGUGACUCCCAACGGCAUGGGCUGGACUGCCCCGUAGUCGCUAUUGAGAUUGACACCACA